CGCCGCCGCCGUCGUCUACCCCCAUCGUCGACGAGCAGCUUAAUUGGCCGAUAUGGUCAUCCCUCCUCCAGCUAGGGCGCCUGCAAUCACCAAGUUCCUCAAGCCCUAUGUUCUGAAGAUGCAUUUCACAAACAACUUUGUGAGUGCGCAGGUCAUCCACACCCCAUCUGCCACGGUUGCAUGCUCGGCGAGUUCGCAGGAGAAGCUUCUUCGGCCAAGCAUGGAGUCGACACGAGACGUCGCUGCCGCCGCCAAGAUCGGGAAGCUUCUCGGCGAGCGUCUGCUGUUCAGAGGCAUCCCUGCGGUGUCCGUCUCCAUGGCAAGAGACCAGGUGUACCAUGGCAAGGUGAAGGCCGUCAUAGAUUCACUUAGAGCCGCCGGUGUGAAGUUGCUUUGACGGAAUGGAAGCCGACCAUCCGUAGCAUUUUUCCCUACUUGCAGUUCCUGUCAUGUAAAGAUGUUUUGUGGGUGCAUAAUGUCAUCCUCUGUAAUUUUAGUUUAGCUUGCA